UUCUAUUUAAUUAUUUUCAUCAUUCGUUUGAAUUCAAUAAGACAAACAUACAGCGAUUGAAAAAAAAAUGUCGACUGCAUCCGGUCCGUAUAAUUAUUCUUAUAUUUUUAAAUAUAUAAUCAUCGGUGAUAUGGGCGUUGGUAAAUCAUGUCUUCUUCAUCAAUUUACUGAUAAAAAAUUUAUGGCCGAUUGUCCACAUACAAUUGGUGUGGAAUUUGGUACACGUAUCAUUGAAGUUAGUGGACAAAAAAUUAAAUUACAAAUCUGGGAUACAGCCGGUCAGGAAAGAUUUCGUGCCGUCACACGUAGCUAUUAUCGUGGUGCAGCCGGUGCACUUAUGGUGUACGAUAUUACGAGACGUUCCACUUAUAAUCAUCUAAGCUCAUGGCUUACCGAUGCCAGAAAUCUAACCAAUCCAAAUACGGUCAUUUUUUUGAUUGGUAAUAAAUCCGAUCUGGAUUCACAACGAGAUGUAACUUAUGAUGAGGCUAAACAAUUUGCCGAUGAAAAUGGUUUAAUGUUUAUUGAAACAUCGGCAAAAACCGGUGAUGGUGUUGAAGAAGCCUUUCUUGAGACUGCCCGUCGUAUUUUCUCUAACAUUCAGGAUGGUUCAUUGGAUUUGAAUGCAGCCGAAUCUGGUGUACAGCAUAAACCAAGUCCAGUUUUAUCAUCAACAAAUGCUAAUGGUCGACAAGAUGGUAGUGGGAAUCGUUCGGAUUGUCAAUGUUAAAAAAAAAUUAUCAUCAUCAUCAUCAGAUUCAUCAAUAUCAUCAUUAUCAGUGUUUUUUGUUUUGGUGUUAAUUCAAUAUAUAUAAUCGUUAAAAAACAAUGAAUCAUGGAAUCAAGAAUAUUCUGAACUACAUUCAACAUAUAAUAAAAUACAUUCAACUUGACAUUCUUGUUUUUAUAAUCAUCAUCAUCACCAUCAUCUGCUUAAUCAUUUAUUCUUGUGUUUCAUCAAUGCUGCAAUUUUGUUUGUUUUUUUUCCACCAUAAGAAAAUUUUUAGCAUCAUAAAUGUCACAAGCACUACACACACACAUACACACACACGCAUUCAUCAUAAUAACAACAAAUGCAAAUGUUUUAUGAUCUAGCAAUUUAUAAGCAGAAAAAAAAUUGAAGAAAAAAUUAUUUUUCAUCAGA